GGCGACGGAGUUCCAUGGAUUCAGCACCACUACUUCUUUGAAACCCCGAUGUCGAACACAGUCCAAUCUUACGUUGUGACUGGCGCAAACCAAGGUCUAGGAUACCACACUGUGCACCAGAUCGCACAGAAACCACACGCCCUGGUGUUUUUAGGCGCACGGCGGAUCGCCGCAGCGGAGGAAGCCAUCUCCAGCUUUGCGUCCGAUAUUCACUCCACGUCGGCUGUGGUGCCCGUAUACAUUGACCUCACAAACGAGAAAUCAGUGACGGAUGCGGCCGUCUUUGUCGCAGCAGCGCUGAAGGAGCGGGGUCUGUCAGGGUUGGAUGUCCUCGUCAACAAUGCAGGCAUUUCCACAGGAACAGACAUGGCUAUCUUCGCGACCAACGUGGUCGGCACCCUCGUCGUGAAGAAUGCCUUCCGGCCAUUGCUCAAAUCCGGCAGCCGGAUCGUGAACGUAUCUUCCACGCUUGGCUCUCAAGCACUUCAUGCGGCCCGGCCCCCUAUCGCUGUGUAUAACUACAAGACCUACGCAGCCAGCAAGGCUGCACUGAACAACUUCAUACUCCAGUGGGCGUUCGAGGAGGAGGAAGCGAAGUCGGGAAUCGUCGUCAUGGCGCUCUGUCCAGGUCUCACCUCGACUGCUGCGACUGGAUUCAACGAUCACGGUGCUCCGCCGGCAGUGAGCUGCAAGGUCAUCGUCGACUCGGCUAUAGGAUCCCCGAAGAAUGGAAGCUUCCUGGAUGUAAACGGGGACAUCGCACCCUGGUAGUGCGACCAGACAUACAAAAAUUGAGUAUCACGUGAUGUUCGAAUUCC